CGUUCGCUACAUCAGCCUGGAUUCUGAUCAGCCCAAUGCGGAACCUCCGAGAGUCCUCGCAGUCAAAGUGAAUUCGGAUGAAAAAGGCUUUGUGGUAGUCUACUUUCUUCUUUAAAGAAGUACAGCCUUCGCUUGCUCUGUGUUUUUCCUAGUAAAUAAUAAGUCAACUACAUCUGACGGUAAAGGUAAAAAUACAUAGAUAAUCUUUUUACUGUAUGUAAUCUUUGUCAUAAUUGUCAUCCUUACCACGCGUGUGUGGAUGUUCAGUCCGAGGAUGGAAUAAUCUACGCCCAGACUCAUUUUCCUAUCCCAAAGUAGAAGUACUUUAGGAUACUUGUUGAUAGUUGCCCUUUUCUCUUUUAUAUCUUCCUCUGUCUGGUCUGUCUUUUUUCUAGUUAGGUCGGCUCCACCACAAUUUAUAUAAAGCGAACAUGAGUGAAUGAAUGUGUUGGACCACAAGAACACAGGCCUCCGCGCCUUGGUUCGUUUCUCAGUGGAAACACAAAGUCAGUAUCUUGAAUGCAAGCAAAUCUUGAUACUCCUGCCUGAGACUUGCGAUCUCUGGCUGGUGUAGUCCCUGUUUGGUUCAUUGGGUAAGAUGAAUCAUACAUCAGCACCAUAAGCAUGUCAGAAGGGAUCGGACUGAACAUGCAUCGUGCGACUAGGAUCAGUACACACGUACCUAGUCUACGCGUUGAUCAUUAUGAUUAUGCACUGAAUGCGCAUUGAGUGUGCAUUGGAAGUAGCAUUCAUGAUCAUUGACAUUCAUGUCUUGUGAGAUCAUCCCGAUGACAGUCGAGCGCGAGGCUUUGUGCGAGCCACUGAGAACAGAACGCCACGACAUCCGAGAGGCUUGAACCAUACAUGACCAACACCCCUCCUCAAUCGAUGCGGGUCGAAGUCCGUCUCACGUGACCGCCUCACUGUGUGUUGGGUCACGGUAAUCACAUCUCUUGUUUAGUGUAUGUGACUUGGCUACGGUGGUUUAGAAACCGAAAUAAACCGAAUAUAUUACGCUAUAAUAAGCUAAAUCAUCCCCAUCUGUUUCAUCAUCAGAGGAAUCACAAUUAUCUUCUUUACAUGUAGUUAUCGGGUUAUCUAUGUGGUGUAGGAUAAGUCUACGCUGAGUGGCACUGCAGGUUAGUUUCGAAAGUGGGUCUGCCUUCAUCAAGUUGGUAGGGCAGAGCACGAUCUUACUAGCAGCGUCGCGUACUCUUAGAUAACGUAAAGCAUAGCGUCUACUUUUAGGGCGAGUGUCUGUUGCUUUGGCUGUUGUGAUCGCAGACUGGUUGUCUAUCCACAAUACAGCAUUGUCUAAGGAGGGAGACAAGCCGUUCUGUGUGUGUACCAACUGAGUUGGAAGAGGCCUAUCGAAGUCUGUGAAGUCAUGCAUCUCACUGAGCACUAUCGUGUCAGAGGCUGCAAUAUACUCACUUUCAGCCGUUGAGUAGGCUCUAGCCGUUUGUCUGUUACUUCUCCAUGCUAUGGGUGUACCUUUGUAGUACAUUAUGGAGCCGCUAGCACUCCUCAUUGUUUUGAUGCAGUUCGCGAAACCAGCAUCACUGAAUAUGUUUACUUCUGGCAUGUCUCUGCCUUCUGGUAGAAGUUUCUCAUAUAUUUUGUUGAAUUCUUCUUCCUUUUCUGGUGAGUAUUCUACUCCUUGGUCUUUUGUUGACACCAGGCAUUUUAGGACUUUCUUGGCUGCUUUGGCCAUUCUUGUUGACGUGGGUUUGCUGACAUGUCUAGCCAACGCUGCUACCGGAGCAGAGAUAUCCGGGCGCGCAGUUACAGCUACCCAUAGUAAGGCACCAACUACCUCACGAAAGGGAUACCCAUCAACUAUCUUGAUCCCGUCUUCAAGAAAAGUUGUUUCGUCAAAAUUGGGCGAGUAAACCGGUUUCCCUAGUUGAGCUUCAUACUUCUUAGCAAUUUUAUCGAUGUACUGCUCCAUGCACAGUCUGAACGACUUAGCUUCACGGCCAUAGUACACGAUCGCACCUAAGAAGUCGAACUUUAGCCAUUCGAGACCCCAGGGGGUUAGAAUUGACUCGACUUCAAUCGCACGGCCUGGAGCACGUGUGAAAAUGAGGUCUAGUUCGGUCUUGAGCUCAUCUUGGUCAGGACCUGUAGCAAGAUUGUCAUCUACAUAGACAGACAUCUUCAGGAACUUCCCCGGUGCUUUGCUGCUCGGUUUGCGCCACAAUCCAGGCGCAGAAGUACACGGUUCCCAACCAAGACUGGCUAGAGUCUCGCGAUACCUCUUGAACCAUGCUCGUGGUGCGUCCUUCAAGCCGUAGAGAGCUUUCUUGAGCUUCACGAUCUCGUAUCCGUGCUGCUUCGCCCAGAUGGGUGGAAGACGGCAGUAGACAUCUCGAUCGCGUUCGGCAUUGAGGAACGCUGAAUCUAAAUCGAACGGGAUCACAUAGUCCCCUUCUGACGCAGCAGAAGUGAGGAGCAACCUAUUAGCGGCAUGUGAUACCACGGGAGCAAAGGUGUUUAGCUCUCCCGAACGAUCUAAAUUACCGAGUACACAGGCUCUUGCCUUGUAUUUUCCACAUCUCUUUCGUGUUAGUAUGAUGGCAAUUGGUAGAGCCCGUAACGCGGUUGCUAGCUGCUCGUCAGUAGCUUCUUCCCACGUUUUAAAGGCUAGUAGUCUCGCAUGCUCCAUGUCAAUGACUUCCUUCCACUUUUCAGCUUCAGGACUCUUUAAUGCAUUGGCAACGGACAGUAUCACAUGUGACUCGACGAUUUCCUCAUCUUCGUCUAUCUCACACGUGCCACCAAUAGCACUUGCGAACAGCGCUAAACUCUUUCUGAGUUCUUCCAUCUGUUUCUUUGUUCUACGAAUCCUUCCUCCAGCCUUGUCCUUGGCUCCUUUCGGUCGGCCACGCUUCUUGCCGUGUGUAUGGCGUUCGCCUGCCACAACACGUGCGGGAGAUAGCGCUUUCGAUCUAGUCGGACUAGGUGAGUCAGAGAUCCGAUCCUUCGUUUCAACUUUCCCCUCCUCAAGUGAAGCACCUUUAGGAGAGUCAGUCACGUCGGAUUCAGCCUUCUUGUCUAAGGUUUCAACAUAUAGUUCUUCGGGAAUGCCGGUCGGUCCACCUGAGGUGCGCUCCGUGCCAGAGAACCCCGAUUGCUGAUCCAGCCUUUGCACUGACUGCCCAAUCAAGGGGGAGCCCAGCGACGACGCUCCACACUGCAAGUUUUCCAGUUCAUCGCACUCAUAGUAAAAGCCCUUUCUAUCUGGCGUUAGCCAGUCUAUGUCCUUUAUUAGAUAGUCCUCUCUGAACUUGACAUCUAAGGUAGAGUAUUCCGCCCAUCGAUAUCCAAGCUUGCAACGAUCGUCAUGAGCGAAAGUAGCAACCAACCAACCAGACGACUUCGGACAGAGUCCAAGGAAGACGCCACGGCGAUAUUUGGCCGAGAGCUUGGGUUCAGGAGUGUUGGCUUGGAUUUGUUCACGAAAGUAAACAAGACAACCAAAUCGGCGGAGCAUGCCGAUUUUGCUUUUGGAAGAAUUUCUACCAGUUCUUUCUUCUAGAAUCUCUAUUGGACUCUUUCCAUCGUGUUCUGGCAUUUUGGCGUAAUUAUGCGGAAGACGAUCCCAGCAGUCACUAGCGUACUCAACACAGUAACACCAAAGACGUCGAUCAACCUUCGUUAGCAUUGUUCUCACGCUGCCAAACAAGGCCCGCAUAAAACGUUCAACAGUCCCACUCAUUUCCGGACUAUAAGGAACAGCCGGACUGUCUGAGACCCGCAGCGAUUGCAUGAGUUUGGUCAUGUCAUCACUACCGAGGACUGGUUCGCCAUCCCUCCGGAUGAACCAUACUACCUUGUCAUCUAGCGAUAAGGAGUAGUCCUGUCGAAUGCCUUUUAUGACUUGUUCUAUGUCCUCCACACAGUCACUUUUAAGCUUCAGCGGUCGACAAAGCGCCUUCUUAAUUACGUCACAUAUGACAACUAGAACACAUCUCAUAGACCUUACUGAAACAGGUUUUAUUCCUACAGCAAAGUCUAUUGCAAGUAGUUUGAGGGGUUCAGGUUUGUAGGUGGUCAUAUCUCUAGAGUUUGCGUGGGAUUUUCGUUGUCCUUUAUGUAGGUCACAUUCUGGGCAACUAACUUGUAAACCAUCUAUGUGAAAGUGUCCACAUCUCCUGUGUAGUUCUAAUCUCGUAAGAUAGCAACUAGAGACACCUUCUUCAAUAGAUGAGCAAGUGAAACCAAUUUCAUGUUUGUUUUCAAAGAAAUUACAUGCGAGAACGGGUAGCUGCAAGCGUGGGUGAGCUCUGAUGGGUAGCAUCUGGACGGUGUCCGUGUGCACGAUACAACCACCAGAGCCUUUGAAAUUAAACUCCCACCCUAAUUGCGAGCAGUUUCCGUCUCCUAACCAUGGCAAUAAGCGAUCUAUGUUUCCAGGUAGAGAAUCAUAGUAAACUCCAUUCUUUAGUCCAAAUAAGUUGUUCUUGAGUUUUCCGACUUUUCCGUCUUUAGUACCUGCACUACCUGUUAUUCUACAGAUGUUGUAACCAAUUUCAUCAAAAUCAUCUAUGUGUCGUGAAAGAUAUUUGUUUGCACAACUGUCAACUAGAGUUGCUUCUUCUGAUGUUCUAGUGUUCAAUGUUGUGAAACUAUAUCCAUCUGUAUUGUAGCUAUCAGCAUAAUUAUCAGCAUUUGUUAUUAUUUCAUCUUCUUCGAAAUUCAGCGAACACUUCCCAAAUUCGUACGGUUCCGUCGCUCAGCUUCGGUUGUGCGAGUUCAUGAAGUUGAGCAUCUCCGCAACCUGCGACAUGUGGAUCAUACCACUGAUAUUACCCUUUCCACCUUUGCCUCUAGAACUACUAGAUGCGGCUCCGGUAGUCCAACUUCCCUGUCCCUGUUGAAGGGCUUGCGUGUUAUGCCAGCACUCGGAGGACUUGUGUCCGACCUUGUGGCAGCAAGCGCAGCGGGGUGGAUAGGUAUUCUUAUUUCCUUUUCCUUUGUCUUUCUUCGGCUUUUGUCCGCCGUUCUUUCCUCCUUUGGGUUGGUACCCGUAGGAGUUGUAGACCUCGGCGAUUGCCUUCUUCUUUUCUUUCUGCUUGAAACGCUUGAGGGCGUUAGCGGAAAUGAAGGCCUUACCAUCUGCCUUAUUGGCCUCUACCUCGUCAUCAUCCUCAUUCUUAUCAUCACGAGGACGCUUGUUCGAGGUUUCCUGAACAUUGACCGGAAACGCUUUCCCGAAGGAGUCGUUCUCAAUUUUGUAGGUUCCCUCCUCGAUCAACGUUGUGAGACGUUUCUCAAGUCGGUCUCCAAUUUGGUCAAAUGUCAGGCCAUCUUGUUCUUGCAUCCGCUCGAUAGUCGCUUUGAAGUUCUUGCAGAACAACUCAGGCAACUUCAGCAGGAUCGCUCCGCUCUGUUGAUCAGCGUCGGGCAGAUCUGCAUCCGGCGGGAAGACGGUGGGCGAUUGGUUCAUGAUGUCGCGGAUCUUCGAGAGGAACUCCUUGACAUCUGCAGGCUGGUCGCUGUUGUGGAACUUCGUCAGUCCCUCCGACAACGGCUUGACCUUCAUGCGCUGCUCCUGGCGAUUGUUCGCGUUGAAGUUCCCUUGAUCACGAAGUAGAGCAACAACUUCACCAGCAUCCAUUUCGUCCACCGCGCCAUCGUUAUUCCGAUUGUCGACGAACGACUUGGCCGCACCUUUCAGACUUCGUAUGAUUACGUCUUUCAGGUUGCGCCACUUCUGGCGGGUCGUUUCUUCACGACUGGCAUUACCUUGCGGUAUACCAUGUGGAACGGCCGGCACGUUGACUACAUUCGUGUAGUUCUCAAGUAAGCCUAGGCGACUAGCUUCUUGACGUACAGCUCGUUGCCACUCGCGCCAGUCGGACUUCUGUCCCAACUUCUUGAGGAUCUCCUUGGCCUCGCAGGACAUUUUGAUGGAUUUGUUUAUUUUACUACACUACUUCCAAUUUUAUUUUACUUUUGCCGCUUAAGGGUUAGACCAGUGUUGGACCACAAGAGCACAGGCCUCCGUGCCUUGGUUCGUUUCUCAGUGGAAACACAAAGUCAGAAUCUUGAAUGCAAGCAAAUCUUGAUACUCCUGCCUGAGACUUGCGAUCUCUGGCUGGUGUAGUCCCUGUUUGGUUCAUUGGGUAAGAUGAAUCAUACAUCAGCACCAUAAGCAUGUCAGAAGGGAUCGGACUGAACAUGCAUCGUACGACUAGGAUCAGUACACACGUACCUAGUCUACGCAUUGAUCAUUAUGAUUAUGCGCUGAAUGUGCAUUGAGUGUGCAUUGGAAGUAGCAUUCAUGAUCAUUAACAUUCGUGUCUUGUGAGAUCAUCCCGAUGACAGUCGAACGCGAGGCUUUGUGCGAGCCACUGAGAACAGAACGCCACGACAUCCGAGAGGCUUGAACCAUACAUGACCAACAGAAUGAAUAAAGAUGGAUAAUCCUAGCACUACUGCGUAGUACUGCGCGACGCUCCUAACCAUCUUUGUAAUAAUACUAGACUACGAGACUACCUAGUGAUCGUCGUGUACUAUUAUGAUAUUAUUUAUUAGAAGAAGCAUACUUGGCACACUUGACCACAGGUAUGCAUUUGUAGCGCAAGAUUAAUAAAGGCAUACUUGGUACAGCACUUGACCACCACCUCCAUGCAUGUAUAGCCGCGUACGGCCACAAACUAAGCAAUAACCUAACCUAGUACACGUGACAACUACCUGGGCUACAACGUAGUAGCUACCACUACUCACGUAGUUCGCGUAAUGGUAAUAGAGAAGCUGGAACGUAAUAGCUAGCAAACUUUCCAAAUCAGGCCGACGAUCAAAAUGCCGUCGAAUGGGUAAUGGCAAGGAUAUCCGGUCCAGAGCAUUGCCUUCAAAUUCUUGCUCAUUCAACCACGACGAGCGACACAGCGGCAUCUGCCGCGAUUCGUGCAGCGCUUAAGGCAACAUAAUUGAAACUUUGAGCACAGCGAAUGUCGCCGUGAAGCCUUUCUAGGAAGACCUUCAUCAGUAUGUUAUAAUUGUUGAAAAUUCAUACAACAACUCGUCGUUGAACGUUCAUAAUUAUACUGAUUCCGUCUAUAUGAUAUAUCUUUGCCCCCCACCAUAAGCAUAGCACUUAAGUCAGUCAGAAAGAUCCAGCCAUGGGUAAGGGACGUUAGUUGCCAAUAUCCGAUCUUGUUUGAAUGUUGAUAAUAUUGAUCUUUGUGCUUUCAUACCGAUCAUUCCGUCUAUAUGAUAUAUCUUUGUCCCCCACCAUAAACAUAAUACUUCGAGCCUCGAUAGAGUUCUCUGAACAAGAGGCAAAAUGAAAGCCCCUAUAGUACUUCUCCAAACCAUCUAAGAUAAAGGCGGAGGAGAAGACGCAGCAGAGGCAAGAAGAUGCAGAUGGAGAUGAGAGAAAG